AUGAUUAUUAUCGAUGAAACAGCCAAACCUCCUCUAGAUAGCGGAGAACCACAAAUUCCACAGCUUCAAACUCCCGCUCACACAGACACCCAAAGGUCCAGAUCACCCAUCCCUCCCCCGGUCCAUCCAAGCUCCCAGUAUGGCAGUAGAACAUCCCUUGUACCACCCGGUUAUUUGACAGCAGUGAAGCCCUCGGACUCGGUCACCUAUCUAUUUUCACCCAUGCCCGGUAAUGCUAUGUUGCUCAUCCCACCGAAGAACGUAUCUUCUGCAAGACAUCCUUACUACAUCGGCGUCGGGCUCAACUGCUUCACACCGUCGUCACAUAUCACAACGAUACGAAAAUACGGUUGGGAUGGAGAGUUUGUUGGAGACUUUGAAAUUGGUACAAGUAAUUCGAAAAACCCAAGCAGCAUCUGCUUGCGAGGCAAUGAACACCCGAUAUCGGAGGUCCUAGUCUCUUCGACGAGACUUUUCAAGAAUUUUUGGACAUGGAAGGCGAUAGAGCACGACCGAUCAGUAACGUUAUUUUGGGACGACAGUUCGGGAGGCAGCAUAAUAACGUGUUUCUCUUCGAAAGAUCGAACGAGUGGAAAUCUAAUGGCCAAAUUUACUCCGCGAGGACACCCUCGAAGGCAAGGCCGACCUACGGAAUUUCCAAAACUUGACGUUACGCCUGAAGGACACGACGUGUUUGAGGAUAUUCUUAUGUCGGCCUUGAUCAUUGAGCGUAUACGCACAAACCCAGCAUCUUGA